GUUUGGGGGUUUGGGAGACGCGUUGGUACUUGAGGUAAUUAAGCGACGGGCCAAGUCCGACGUCAUAUCCAGGCAGGCAGCGGGGGAAAUAUAUAUUCGGAACCCUGACAAUCGAGUCCCAUGGGUUGCUGUCUCUCGCUUGGUCUUGGAAUCAUUUUUGAUAUAAUGAACUAGCUUGCUACAGAUUGCGCAGGCUGGACUUGAUAUAAAACCCAGCGAUAUACACGCGGCCCUGAUCCACGCUGUGGCUGACUCAAACUCGAAGAUGAGAGCGCACAGGUCAACAGGUGUACCAGAAGGUUGAACGAGCUUAUGAAGACGCUGCAAGUCGAUAUACUUUACCCUCACAAUGGCCAGGCGUAAUGCAACUCGUGGAGGCGCUGCUGCACGAUCCGGCGCAGCCACCGCCCACCGAAGCGCAGGAGGACAAGGCAAACAUUGGAAAGCCACCGCGAGGAUCUCGAUGAGGAGCAGGAAAAGCGGGAAGAGCGCCACGAGGACAUCGAGGAGGAGCAAGAGAGCCAAGAGGAAGUUUUCGAAGAUGUCCUGCCGCCAGCAGCGCAAAUAGUCUACAACUCUGACUCCGGCUCGGACUCGGAUGAUGCUACGUUUGAGGAUGUUGAGUUAUAUUCCGACCCCUUUCAACCUGGCCUUGGUGGGGAUGAACGAGAUGACGACCAACAUAUAGACCUCACCCUCAGCAAGCGGAUCGAGGCGCCCCUGAGGACGCCUAGGAAGAAAGGGCGGACAUACACGAAGGAAGAACGCGCUGCACAUUUAAUGACUCAUAAAAUGCACCUACUAUGUCUGUCUCGAUACGUAGAGCGACGGAACGAGUGGUGCAAUGAUGCAGAAGUUCAAAGCAUUCUUAAGCCUCUUCUGCGUGAGAAAGACCGUCAGUGGUUCAAAACGAAGCCCGGGUGGACGCAGUUCCGCAGGGCAGAGUCGAUAAAGAAGGGAUUGGAGAUCGCUGGGAACAUCUGGUUGACCAAUUUUAAAAUCACGUCGAGGGGAAUGAGGCGAGCGUACUGGGACGAAGACGGGCGGAUUUCAGACUUUAUUCUUCCCCCGGAUGCUGACCGUGUCCUUGAUAAGUCAGACUUUAAGCUCGCGGCGAAGAAUAUGGAGGGUUCUCGUGAUACUGGGGCACAGUUAUAUUGUGCGCUCUUGCGUGGCGCUGGCCUCGACGUGCGAUUGGUAUGCUCUCUUCAGUUACUUCCUAUCAACGCAUCAUCGACAAAAACAAGACCUCCACCUCAGGGCAUUUCCACCCUCAGGCCUGUAACACCAACUACACCCACUAGUGACAGCGAAGCCAUGAACAUAGCUAGUCCGACCUCUUCUUUCGCGAGCCGAGCCUCCGGCGCGCCAUUCUCCGCACGCAGACGAGUCGGCCACCCAAACGCUGCAGACUUUCACAUUCCCGACGCAACACCUCCGCGGCGGCCUCCUCCCCCGAAACCCAAGCAGAGACGGAAUAUCGAAUCUCCAUAUCCAGUAUUCUGGGUUGAAGUCCUGGAUGAAGCGCAUCAAAAGUGGAUGCCAGUCGACCCCCUUGUCACAGGAACCAUCAAUAAACCUUCUGUUUUCGAACCACCAGCGGCAGAUGCCGAGAACACAAUGACUUAUGUUUUUGCCUUUGAAGAGGAUGGAGCCGUUCGCGACGUCACUUGUCGGUAUACCAAGUGGUACUCCGCCAAGGUUCGUAAAACCCGCGUGGAAUCCACAGAUGGGGGGUUAAAAUGGCUGCGUCGAACAAUGAAGUUCUACUCGAGAGGGUUUAAAACAGACCUAGAUCAGAUCGAAGACAUCGAGCUUCAAACCAUCGAAGGUAGAGAGCCGAUGCCGACGAGCAUAGCUGAUUUCAAAGGCCACCCGCGAUAUGUUCUUGAGCGUGAUUUGCGACGUAAUGAAGUGCUCGUGGACCCACAUGAGAUUGGGAAAGUGGCUUCUGGACGCGAUGCCAACUCUGCGGGUGGAAAGGGGAAGAAGAUUGAGAGUGUGUUCCGGCGGGGCGACGUCAAGACCGUUAGGAGCGCAGAUGGCUGGUACAGGCUCGGCAGGGAGGUGAAGGUUGGCGAGCAGCCUAUGAAAUCGCGAGCGGCGAGGAGGAUUGCGAAUGAUGACGAAGAGACGGGUGAUGUAGCUCUAUAUACUGAAGACCAGACGGUGUUGUAUGAAGCACCCCCUGUGGUUGAUGGGCGCGUUCCAAAGAACGUUUAUGGGAAUUUAGAUGUUUACGUCGAGAGCAUGGUCCCCAAAGGGGGGGUGCACCUACCAUACCCAGAUGCCGCUCGGGCGGCUCGACUUCUUGGUAUAAGCUACUCAGAUGCCGUGACUGGUUUUGAAUUUCGCGGGCGCCAGGGUACGGCUAUCAUCAAAGGAGUUGUUAUUGCCUCGGAAUACCAGGAGGCUGUUGAGGCUGUAGUACAGGGCUUCAAAGAUGACGAGUGGCAUGCGAAGGAAGAACGGCGCUCGAUGGCCGCUUUACGGAUGUGGAAGCGGUUUAUGGUUGGUCUGAGGAUCAAGGAGCGCGUUGAUGCGUAUGAGAUUGAGGGAGAGGAAAAGGAGGAUGAGUAUAUACAGGACGACGACGAAGGUAUGCAGAGCGAAGAGUAUGAUAUGGAUGAAGCAGGUGGUUUCUUCCCGGAAGAUGAGGGCAGAGGUUUCGUUCCUGAGUGA